AUGAAAACCGAGUGUUGCCGUGUGAAGAGACCUGGAGAACCACUUAAUGAACCAAAGAAGAUCGUUCAGCCCUUCCAGGAUAUUUGCGCAUAUUUUUCGGAGGAAGAGUGGGCAAAGCUGACCAAAUGGCAGAAAAGUGCCUACAUGUAUAUGAAAAGGAACUAUGUCAGAAUGACUGGCCUAGGGGUCACAGUCAACCAACCAGUUUUCAUGCGUUGCAAGGAACAGGUCAAAGAACCUCCAGCGGAAUGUGAUAAAGCUAAUGGCCCUGAUAGUAAAGGAGUCAAAAACGUUCGGGUAAAUGCCUGGACCCACCGGUUGAGGGAAAGGAAGAAGCGAGUGAUAUAUGAAGAGAUCAGUGAUCCCGAAGAGGACGAGGAUGACGAUGAUGAUGAUAAUGAUGAUGAUGACGACGACGACGACUGA